CACACAGAGCGGGCCCCCCACCGGCGGGGUGAGGUGGAGACGCAACGCAGGUGGACGUCAUUUCGUCAUCCCGAACCCCCACCCCUACACACGACUCGCCACAAGCGGAGCAGAGAGGGCGCGCCAUGGCCCGCAUCUAGGGACCGAGGAGGUGGAGGAGCAGCCCGGUAGACGCAGGCAGGAUGGGGCGCGCGUUCGUGUACGUCGUCCUGGGCGGCGGCGUGGCCGCGGGCUACGCGGCGCUCGAGUUCGCCCGCCGCGGCGGCUACUCCCGCGGCGAGCUCUGCAUCAUCUCCGAAGAGGCCGUUGCUCCUUAUGAACGCCCUGCAUUAAGCAAAGGCUAUUUACUCCCAGAAGAUCCUUCUCGUCUUCCAAAAUUCCAUACUUGUGUUGGAGCUAAUGAUGAGUUACUGACGACAAAAUGGUACAAAGAACAAGGUAUUGAACUUGUUCUUGGAACAAGAGUGAUAUCUGCUGAUGUGAGACGGAAGACAUUGCUUACAGCCACAGGAGAAACUAUCAGCUAUAAGACACUUAUAAUUGCAACAGGUGCUCGGGCUUUGAAGCUGGAAGAGUUUGGAAUAAGCGGUUCAGAUGCUGCAAACAUAUGUUAUUUGCGCAAUCUUGAAGAUGCGGAUAAAUUAGUGAAUGCGAUGAGCUCAUGUUCUGGUGGAAAUGCUGUUGUCAUCGGUGGUGGCUACAUAGGAAUGGAAUGUGCAGCAGCAUUGGUUACUAAUAAAAUAAAAGUAACCAUGGUCUUCCCUGAAAAACACUGCAUGGGUCGGCUAUUUACAGAAAAAAUUGCAGAAUAUUAUGAAAGCUACUACACUUCGAAAGGAGUUACUUUUACCAAAGGAACUGUUCUUACAUCCUUUGAAAAAGACUCAACAGGGAAGGUGACUUCGGUAGUCUUAAGAGAUGGUAAUCACCUUCCUGCUGAUAUGGUAGUAGUUGGUAUUGGGAUCCGUGCAAAUACCAGCCUUUUUGAAGGUCAGCUGCUGAUGGAGAAAGGUGGCAUAAAGGUAAACGGGCAAAUGCAAACCAGCGACAGCUCCGUGUAUGCUGUUGGUGAUGUCGCCGCAUUCCCUAUCAAGCUCUUUGACGGUGACAUUCGACGGCUUGAGCAUGUUGACUCGGCUCGUAGAACCGCGAGGCAUGCUGUCGCGGCCAUCCUGGAGCCUUCCAAAACCAGGGAUGUCGAUUACCUGCCAUUCUUCUACUCCAGAGUCUUCACACUGUCCUGGCAGUUCUACGGGGACAAUGUCGGAGAAGUAAUUCACUACGGCGACUUCACAAGCAACAGCCCGAUGUUCGGCGCAUACUGGGUCAGUAAGGGCCAGAUCACGGGCGCGUUCCUGGAAGGUGGGAACCGAGAUGACUACGAGGCCUUAUCUGUCGUUGUCCGGCGUAAAACCAAGGUCUCAGACAUGCCUGAACUUGAAAGACAAGGCCUGGCGUUCGCCAUCCAGGAAAGCAAGAAAGACGUGCCUGAUAGCGGGGUUACCCUCGGCGAAAAGCCCACCUUCGUAUGGUACGCGACGGCGGGGGUUGUUGCGGCAGUGUCGAUCUCCGCGUUCGGUUAUUGGUACGGCAGGAAGCGCCGCAGGUGGUGAGCUGAUGGAAGGACGGAGGAGGAAGAUCUGUGAUGUGCCAUUGCUUACGGUUACUCGGAGGGGAUCCUGUAUAAAAACCUGUACGAAAGUGUAAUUUUGUCUCAUACUGUAAACAAGUAUAGAAACACCAUCAUAUAUUGUUAAAUGAAAUGAUGUUACGAGA